CUCUUUCCCUCCCCGGAAGGUAAGAAUGGCGGAGCCGUGGAGCGCAGGGCUGUGGCUUGAGAGGGUGCUAUCCACCGCCAUCCGCUCUUGGGGAGCUGUGUUGGGCGCGUAGUCUUAGCCUGGGCCCUGUAGGGCGGGCGGGGGGCUCUCAGGGAGGGUUGGCUGCCUCCUGCCGAGCUGUGGCGGAGCGCUGAGUCUGGGCUGGGCCGCAGCCGGGGCCUUGCGUAGAGCUGUAGCCGGGGUUGGGCUGCUGCGCGGCGCUGGAGGAGCUGAGGGUGACUCUCAGGGACAGGACGAUGGCGGGUGAGAAGAAGGCGGGUGAAAAGAAGGCAGGCGAGAAGAAGCCGGCCCAGAAGAAGGUAGGAGAGAAGAAACCAGCUGACAAAAAGCCCGUUGAGAAGAAGGCAGGCCAGAAGAAAGUACGUGAGAAGAUAAAGAAGCCUAAGAAGUACCAUGCCAGCCGCAACCCUGUCCUGGCCCGGGGUAUUGGGAAAUACUCCCGGUCAGCCAUGUAUGCCAGAAAAGCGUUGUACAAACGCAAAUACACUGCUCCAGAAACAAAGAUAGAAAAGAAAAAGAAAGAAAAGCCACGUGCAACCAUCAUCAAACCGGUUGGUGGAGAUAAGAAUGGAGGCAGCCGUGUGGUUAAAGUCCGCAAAAUGCCUCGCUACUAUCCAACUGAGGAUGUUCCUCGCAAGCUUUUGAGUCAUGGCAAAAAGCCAUUUUCCCAACACAAGAGGAGGCUGCGGGCUUCUAUUACUCCAGGAACUGUUCUGAUCCUCCUGACUGGUCGUCACAGAGGCAAGCGUGUUGUCUUUCUGAAGCAGCUUGGUACUGGCCUGUUGCUUGUUACAGGACCUCUCGCUGUCAACCGUGUCCCUCUGCGUAGGGCCCACCAGAAAUUCGUUAUUGCUACAUCUACCAAGGUUGAUAUCUCUGGAGUGAAAAUUCCCAAGCAUCUCACUGAUGCAUACUUUAAGAAGAAGAAGCUGCGUAAGCCCAAGCACCAGGAAGGCGAGAUCUUUGACACUGAAAAAGAGAAAUAUGAGAUAACGGAGCAACGUAAGACAGACCAGAAGGCGGUGGAUUCCCAGAUCCUUGCACGAAUCAAGAAGGUGCCUCAGCUCCGUGGGUACCUGCGCUCCACAUUCUCUCUCUCAAAUGGAGUCUAUCCUCACAAAUUGGUGUUCUAAGUGUUCUGAAAGCACCACAUUAAAUUUGAGGGGAAAAAAAAGCAAGGAUUUCUGGUGUCUUCAUUGCUUUCCACAAUUGGAUGUGUUGUGUUAAUCUUGCAGUGCAAAUUAUUUAAAGGAUUGGAGUCCUGCAUGUGUUAGGAAAUUGAGAUACUACAUGCAGAUGUCUAGAAUUGAGCAAGUGCAUACAGUCUGGGGCUAUGUGGUGCUUUAUUUUGUGGGGUUUCUUUUGGUCAGGGUUUUUUUUUGGGAUGGAGGUGUUUAUAUAAACACGCUAUUGGUAUUAACGAAGGGAACAAGCACUUGGAUUUCAAAUAGUUUUAACCAUAAAUGAGUUGCAGGGGGGAAAAAAGUUUUUGGGAACAGAAUAUAAAUGCUGGAUUAACUUAACUCUUCAGGACACAUUUGAGAAUAAACUUCCAGCUCAGAACUACACCUCUGCUGGUGUAGUUCUCUGUAUCCUAAUUGCUGAAGUCUUCUGAAUCUGUGAAAAACCAGGUUGUAGCAGCACCCCACUGCUAGGUAACUUAUUAGCAUUUUAAAGUUUGGAUGCAGCAUUGUUCAAAUGGCAUUUCUGAUGAGCUGCUUUGAUCCAUCAAUCACUACAUAAACCUUGGCAAAUACAGCAACUUCUUAGAGGCAUUUCUGGAAAUAUGCCUUGCUUUUCUUAAGUAGGAACACUGGAAUAUUCUAAAAUGAGUUUUGUAGGAUUUAAUUACCCUGUGUUUACUUCCUGUUCUUUAUUUGUAGGCUCGAUCAUCCUUAGUUGUGAAGCAGGAAUCCUUGCCACGGCAGUACCUGCUUAGAUCAGGGAGCAAAAGCAUGAGUCUUAAUUCUGUAGUCUCAGGAAUGAGUUAAAAAGCUUCAGUGAAAGGCAAGUGUGUUUCUCUCUUGGGAAACUUAGGGAGUUACAGCAAACUUCCUAAUCUUAGGAACUGCCAGAAAGCAGCUAGAGAAAGAUCAUCCUGUCUGCUUGCUUUCUCUGUUGAGGUCAGUUAUCAAGAUACGUGGAAAAAAAAAUGCUUGGAUAGUAAUAGCUCUGUUCUUACAAAAACUGAGGAUGUACAUAUUAACAGAUCUGGCAUGCUUGAGGUCUUUCUUAGCCAGACUUUUGCAGGAAAUGAGGCUUAUAUAACUGCGCCAUCUGUUUUCCCAUUAAUUCCUAGAGGAAAGUAGCCAGUGGGGUCAAACUUGACGGAGUCAAGAUUUCAUCAAAUUCAUACAAGCUUCAUGAAAAGAGGCUAGAAAAGGGAGUAAUACAGCCCUCACUGAGAUGUAAGUAGUCACAAAUGCAUUGAGGGGAAGAAAAGGGUCUAGAUUUGUGGACAAUAACUGGCUCUGGAUUCUCACAGAUCAGGGACUGUAGUUCUUUCUAUAGCUCAUGCUGUCUGGUGUUAGAAUACGGAAGCAUGAAGCACUAAUUGUCCUUCCACCAUCUUCCUCUUCAAAUUAAAAGAUUUAAUUUCAGUGUGCUUCAGCAGAGGGAGCCAAUGAGCAAGCUUUGUCCAAAUGCAGCAAGCACUCCUAUGUUGCUGUCUGGGUGUGUGUCUCAUGAUGCUCUUUGCCAGGUACUGCCCUGUGCUGCUCCUGGAAGGUGGUCUUUGUUUUUCACUGUUGUCAGAGCAACGUUUGUGAUGAGUUGCAUCUUCUCUUCUAUGUGGCUUGAUGGAUGAUGGGUGUAGUCAGAGGCUUUUAAAUUGAUGUGAGAUUUCACAGCAGUGAUGGGUCUGGCCUGUUAGCGUAAAUCAACUAGAAAGAGAUGCAAGUGUUGCAUGCAUCUCAGUGCAUGUGCUAAAGUAAGUUAGCUGAUACUUCCAAAGGAAGCAAAGCAAUAUGCUUAGAAAUCUUGCUUAAAGAAAGACUGUACACAGGAGUACUUAAACGGGAAAAGGGUAAAAACAAAGCAGACCUUGAUCAAUAUAGUCAGUAGCUCCAUGUGAUGUUGCAAAGUCUGCAAACCAAGAUUUAAUUGCACAGUUGCAAUCUAAGGGAACAGUUAAGAGCUGUUCCUGCUUCAGUUAUUCCCCUUUUUGGAAUGGGGAAGCUGUAGUAAGGAAAUAGCAUGUGGGUUAGUCUAAGGAAACAAAUAAUUUCGAUACAACUGCCUUUUCUAUAAUUAUGAUUGACACAUUCCUCAUAUGUGUAUCAGCCAACAUGAAAUUACUAUUAGACCCAUUAAGCUCAUUUACUGAAUAGGGGUGCUCUUGACUCUUAAUGUGCUGUCAGGAUGUGACUUGGUAAUGUAAUUAAUUGUCUUCAUAGGUACAGAGAAGCGGUCUCAAGUACUCCUGCCUCCUUUGUCCCAGUACUGUCACUUGUCUGGGGGGUGAACCAGGAGCUAAACCAGCCUGUAAGAGCCCUGCAAGGUGUGGGGGGAGAGGGAAGAAUGAAUAUUUCCUUUGGGAAUAUAAACUAGCACGAAGGGGGAGUGUGGGAGCAGGGGCACUAGCUGUUAAUACCAAAUCAUGUUUUUACUGUGUCAAGCAGCUCCUUGGGCUUCAAAUCAGAAAAAGGGGGACAGCAAAACCCUCGUCUCCCAUAAGGAAAAAUAGCCAGGGAAUAGCUGUGAUUUGUCUUACUCUUAACCUCCAAAAUAUUUUCCCUGAGUUCUGUGAAAUCGGUCCUUUUUCUGAAGUGAUUUGAGGUGGGGGAUGGAAAAGAGGAAUAAUGACAACUGUACAGAUAUCCAAGUAAGAAGCAAUGUCAGUAUUAGAAGGAUUUUUCAAUCUAGAUAAUACCAUCCACUACCUGAAAAGUACUUCCACCAAAUAAAGAGCUUUUGUGUGCA